AUUUUCCUUUCAGGUUUCCAGAGCUUUACCUGAGAAACAAGGAGAAAUUGAAGCUCAAAUAAAAGACCUUGGGCAGCUUGAAAAAAAGCUUGAAGACCUUGAAGAGCAGUUAAAUCAUCUGCUCCUGUGGCUGUCUCCUAUUAGGAAUCAGUUGGAAAUUUAUAACCAUCCAAACCAAGAAGGACCAUUUGACAUUAAGGAAACUGAAAUCGCAGUUCAAGCUAAACAACCGGAUGUGGAAGGGAUUUUGUCUAAAGGGCAGCGUUUGUACAAGGAAAAACCAGCCACUCAGCCAGUGAAGAGGAAGUUAGAAGACCUGAGCUCUGAGUGGAAGGCGGUAAACCAUUUACUUCAAGAGCUGAGGGCAAAGCAGCCUGACCUAGCUCCUGGACUGACCACUGUUGGAGCCUCUCCUAGUCAGACUGUUACUCUGGUGACACAACCUGUGGUUACUAAGGAAACUGCCAUCUCCAAACUAGAAAUGCCAUCUUCCUUGAUGUUGGAGGUACCUGCUCUGGCAGAUUUCAACCGGGCUUGGACAGAACUUACCGACUGGCUUUCUCUGCUUGGUCGAGUUAUAAAAUCACAGAGGGUGAUGGUGGGUGACCUUGAGGAUAUCAACGAGAUGAUCAUCAAGCAGAAGGCAACAGUGCAGGAUUUGGAACAGAGGCGCCCCCAGUUGGAAGAACUCAUUACUGCUGCCCAAAAUUUGAAAAACAAGACCAGCAAUCAAGAGGCUAGAACAAUCAUUACGGAUCGAAUUGAAAGAAUUCAGAAUCAGUGGGAUGAAGUACAAGAACACCUUCAGAACCGGAGGCAACAGUUGAAUGAAAUGUUAAAGGAUUCAACACAAUGGCUGGAAGCUAAGGAGGAAGCUGAGCAGGUCUUAGGACAGGCCAGAGCCAAGCUUGAGUCAUGGAAGGAGGGUCCCUAUACAAUAGAUGCAAUCCAAAAGAAAAUCACAGAAACCAAGCAGUUGGCCAAAGACCUCCGCCAGUGGCAGAUAAAUGUAGAUGUGGCAAAUGACUUGGCCCUGAAACUUCUCCGGGAUUAUUCUGCAGAUGAUACCAGAAAAGUCCACAUGAUAACAGAGAAUAUCAAUGCCUCUUGGGGAAGCAUUCAUAAAAGGGUGAGUGAGCAAGAGGCUGCUUUGGAAGAAACUCAUAGAUUACUGCAACAGUUCCCCCUGGACCUGGAAAAGUUUCUUGCCUGGCUUACAGAAGCUGAAACAACUGCCAAUGUCCUACAGGAUGCUACCCGUAAGGAAAGGCUCCUAGAAGACUCCAAGGGAGUAAAAGAGCUGAUGAAACAAUGGCAAGACCUCCAAGGUGAAAUUGAAGCUCACACAGAUGUUUAUCACAACCUGGAUGAAAACAGCCAAAAAGUCCUGAGAUCCCUGGAAGGUUCUGAUGAUGCAGUCCUGUUACAAAGACGUUUGGAUAACAUGAACUUCAAGUGGAGUGAACUUCGGAAAAAGUCUCUCAACAUUAGGUCCCAUUUGGAAGCCAGUUCUGACCAGUGGAAGCGUCUGCACCUUUCUCUACAGGAACUUCUGGUGUGGCUACAGCUGAAAGAUGAUGAAUUAAGCCGGCAGACACCUAUUGGAGGCGACUUUCCAGCGGUUCAGAAGCAGAACGAUGUACAUAGGGCCUUCAAGAGGGAAUUGAAAACUAAAGAACCUGUAAUCAUGAGUACUCUUGAGACUGUACGAAUAUUUCUGACAGAGCAGCCUUUGGAAGGACUAGAGAAACUCUACCAGGAGCCCAGAGAGCUGCCUCCUGAGGAGCGAGCCCAGAAUGUCACUAGGCUUCUACGAAAGCAGGCUGAGGAGGUCAAUACUGAGUGGGAAAAAUUGAACCUGCAUUCCACUGACUGGCAGAGAAAAAUAGAUGAGACCCUCGAAAGACUCCAGGAACUUCAAGAGGCCACGGAUGAGCUGGACCUCAAGCUGCGCCAAGCUGAGGUGAUCAAGGGAUCCUGGCAGCCAGUGGGCGAUCUCCUCAUCGACUCUCUCCAAGAUCACCUCGAGAAAGUCAAGGCACUUCGAGGAGAAAUUGCACCUCUGAAAGAGAACGUGAGCCACGUCAAUGACCUUGCUCGCCAGCUUACCACUUUGGGCAUUCAGCUCUCACCAUAUAAUCUCAGCACCCUGGAAGACCUGAACACCAGAUGGAAGCUUCUGCAGGUGGCCGUGGAGGACCGAGUCAGGCAGCUGCAUGAAGCUCACAGGGACUUUGGCCCAGCGUCUCAGCACUUUCUUUCCACAUCUGUCCAGGGUCCCUGGGAGAGAGCCAUCUCGCCAAACAAAGUGCCCUACUAUAUCAACCACGAGACUCAAACAACUUGCUGGGACCAUCCCAAAAUGACAGAGCUCUACCAGUCUUUAGCUGACCUGAAUAAUGUCAGGUUCUCAGCUUAUAGGACUGCCAUGAAACUCCGAAGACUGCAGAAGGCUCUUUGCUUGGAUCUCUUGAGCCUGUCAGCUGCAUGUGAUGCCUUGGACCAGCACAACCUCAAGCAAAAUGACCAGCCCAUGGAUAUCCUGCAGAUUAUUAAUUGUUUGACCACUAUUUAUGACCGUCUGGAGCAAGAGCACAACAAUUUGGUCAACGUCCCUCUCUGCGUGGAUAUGUGUCUGAACUGGCUGCUGAAUGUUUAUGAUACGGGACGAACAGGGAGGAUCCGUGUCCUGUCUUUUAAAACUGGCAUCAUUUCCCUGUGUAAAGCACAUUUGGAAGACAAGUACAGAUACCUUUUCAAGCAAGUGUCAAGUUCAACAGGAUUUUGUGACCAGCGCAGGCUGGGUCUCCUGCUGCAUGAUUCUAUCCAAAUUCCAAGACAAUUGGGUGAAGUUGCAUCCUUUGGGGGCAGUAACAUUGAGCCAAGUGUCCGGAGCUGCUUCCAAUUUGCUAAUAAUAAGCCAGAGAUUGAAGCGGCCCUCUUCCUAGACUGGAUGAGACUGGAACCCCAGUCCAUGGUGUGGCUGCCCGUCCUGCACAGAGUGGCUGCUGCAGAAACUGCCAAGCAUCAGGCCAAAUGUAACAUCUGCAAGGAGUGUCCAAUCAUUGGAUUCAGGUACAGGAGUCUAAAGCACUUUAAUUAUGACAUCUGCCAAAGCUGCUUUUUUUCUGGUCGAGUUGCAAAAGGCCAUAAAAUGCACUAUCCCAUGGUGGAAUAUUGCACUCCGACUACAUCAGGAGAAGAUGUUCGAGACUUUGCCAAGGUACUAAAAAACAAAUUUCGAACCAAAAGGUAUUUUGCGAAGCAUCCCCGAAUGGGCUACCUGCCAGUGCAGACUGUCUUAGAGGGGGACAACAUGGAAACUCCCGUUACUCUGAUCAACUUCUGGCCGGUAGAUUCUGCGCCUGCCUCGUCCCCUCAGCUUUCACACGAUGAUACUCAUUCACGCAUUGAACAUUAUGCUAGCAGGCUAGCAGAAAUGGAAAACAGCAAUGGAUCUUAUCUAAAUGAUAGCAUCUCUCCUAAUGAGAGCAUAGAUGAUGAACAUUUGUUAAUCCAGCAUUACUGCCAAAGUUUGAACCAGGACUCCCCCCUGAGCCAGCCUCGUAGUCCUGCCCAGAUCUUGAUUUCCUUAGAGAGUGAGGAAAGAGGGGAGCUAGAGAGAAUCCUAGCAGAUCUUGAGGAAGAAAACAGGAAUCUGCAAGCAGAAUAUGACCGUCUAAAGCAGCAGCACGAACAUAAAGGCCUGUCCCCACUGCCGUCCCCUCCUGAAAUGAUGCCCACCUCUCCCCAGAGUCCCCGGGAUGCUGAGCUCAUUGCUGAGGCCAAGCUACUCCGUCAACACAAAGGCCGCCUGGAAGCCAGGAUGCAAAUCCUGGAAGACCACAAUAAACAGCUGGAGUCACAGUUACAUAGGCUAAGGCAGCUGCUGGAGCAACCCCAGGCAGAGGCGAAAGUGAAUGGCACAACGGUGUCCUCUCCUUCUACUUCUCUCCAGAGGUCCGACAGCAGUCAGCCUAUGCUGCUCCGAGUGGUUGGCAGUCAAACUUCGGACUCCAUGGGUGAGGAAGAUGUUCUCAGUCCUCCCCAGGACACAAGCACAGGGUUGGAGGAGGUGAUGGAGCAACUCAACAACUCCUUCCCUAGUUCAAGAGGAAGAAAUACCCCUGGAAAGCCAAUGAGAGAGGACACAAUGUAGGAAGUCUUUUCCACAUGGCAGAUGAUUUGGGCAGAGCGAUGGAGUCCUUAGUAUCAGUCAUGACAGAUGAAGAAGGAGCAGAAUAAAUGUUUUACAACUCCUGAUUCCCGCAUGGUUUUUAUAAUAUUCAUACAACAAAGAGGAUUAGACAGUAAGAGUUUACAAGAAAUAAAUCUAUAUUUUUGUGAAGGGUAGUGGUACUAUACUGUAGAUUUCAGUAGUUUCUAAGUCUGUUAUUGUUUUGUUAACAAUGGCAGGUUUUACACGUCUAUGCAAUUGUACAAAAAAGUUAUAAGAAAACUACAUGUAAAAUCUUGAUAGCUAAAUAACUUGCCAUUUCUUUAUAUGGAACGCAUUUUGGGUUGUUUAAAAAUUUAUAACAGUUAUAAAGAAAGAUUGUAAACUAAAGUGUGCUUUAUAAAAAAAAGUUGUUUAUAAAAACCCCUAAAAACAAACACACACACAUACAUACACACACACAACUUUGAGGCAGCGCAUUGUUUUGCAUCCUUUGGUGUGAUAUCCAUAUGAAAUUCAUGGCUUUUUCUUUGUUUGCAUAUUAAAGAUAGAUAGGACUUCCUCUAACACCACCAAAUGACUACUUCACACUGCUCAUUUGAGAAUUGUCAACUGAGUGGGGCGGGCUGUGAGUUUUCAUUUUAUAUAUCUAUAUAUAUAUCUAUAUGUCUAUAAGUAUAUAAAUACUAUAGUUAUAUAGAUAGAUAGAUAUGACUUUCUAUAGACUUUUUCCAUUUUUUAAGUGUUCGUGUCACUUCUUCCUAAUGGAAAGAAAUUACUUCUAGUCAUCCAGGCUUACCUGCUUGGUCUAGAAUGGAUUUUUCCCUGGAGCCGGAAGCCAGGAGGAAACUACCAGACUAAAACAUUGUCUACACCUCCAGAUGUUCCUCAUUUUAAACUUUCCACUGACAACUAGAGUAUUGAAUUUUUUUAAAGGGAACAUGUGAAUGAAUACACAGGACUUAUUAUAUCAGAGUAAUCGGUUGGUUGAUUGAUUGAUAUAUUCGGCUUCCUGCUGCUGGCAAUGCCACGAUUUAGAUUUAAUGAUGCUUCAGUGGAAAUCAGAAGGUAUUCUGACCUUCUGAGCAUCCAAAGGCAUUUUUCACUCCCAAGCAGUAGCAGGAUGAUGACAGGGCUGGAGGGCUAUGGAUUCCCAGCCCAUCCCUGUGAAGGCAUAGGCCACUCUUUCUUUAACUGAAGGACUGGAUGACUGUUCAUAAUACAUAAAGUUCUCUGUAAUUAAUUAAUUACAACUAAAUUAUUAUGCCCUCUUCUCACAGUCAAAAGGAAGUGGGUGGUUUUGUUUUUGUUGCUGGUUUUUUAACUCUAUUUUCCCAUGCCGGAUGAGUUUUUAAAUGCCACAAGACAAUUUAAAAUAAACUUUGGGAAAAGGUGUAAGACAGUAGCCCCAUUACAUUUGUGAUACUGACAAGUAUCAACCCAGAAGCCCAUGAACUGUGUUUCCCUCCUUUGCAUUUCUCUGCGAGUAAUUCCACACGGGUUUGUAAGUAAGUAAGAAGGCAAAUUGAUUCAAAUGUUACAAAAGUAAAAGCUACUCCAAACCCUUCUUGGGGGGUUAGACAGGUUAAAUAUAUAAACAAACAAACAAACAAACACUGCUCAAAAAUUGGAGAAAAGCUCAAGAGGAAAAGCUAAGGACUGGUAGGAAAAAGCUUUACUCUUUCAUGCCAUUUUAUUCCUCUUUGAUUUUUAAAUCAUUCAUUCAAUAGACAUCACCGUGUGACCUAUAAUUUUGCAAAUCUGUUACCUCUGACAUCAAGUGUAAUUAGCUUUUGGAGAGUGGGUUUUGUCCAUUAUUUUAUUAAUAAUAAUUAACAUCAAACACGGCUUCUCAUGCUAUUUCUACCUCACUUUGGUUUUGGGGUGUUCCUGAUAAUCGUGCACACCUGAGUUCACAGCUUCACCACUUGUCUAUUGCGUGAUUUUCUUUUUCCUUUAUAAUUUUCAAAAGAAAACCCAAAGCUCCAAGGUAACAUAUUACAUGAAGAUUUGGUUUUUGUCUUGCAUUUUUUUCCUUUAUGUGACGCUGGACCUUUUCUUUACCCAAGGACUUCUAAAACAAACUAAGAUUUAAAACAAGGGGUUACUUUACAUCCUACUAAGAAGUUUAAGUUUCAUUCUAAAAUCAGAGGUAAAUAGAGUGCAUAAUUUUGUUUUAAUCUUUUUGUUUUUUCUUUUAGACAUUAGUUCUGGAGUGAGUCUGUCAUAAUAUUUGAAUAAAAAUUGAGAGCUUUAUUGCUGCAUUUUAAGCAUAAUUUGGACAUUAUUUCGUGUUGUGUUGUGUUGUUUAUAACCACCAAGUAUUAAACUGUAAAUCAUAAUCAAUGUAACUGAAGCAUAAACAUCACAUGGCAUGUUUUGUCAUUGUUUUCAGGUACUGAGUUCUUGAGUAUCAUAAUAUAUUGUGUUUUAACACCAACACUGUAACAUUUACUAAUUAUUUUUUUAAACUUCAGUUCUACUGCAUUUUCACAACAUAUCAGACUUCACCAAAUAUAUGCCUUACUAUUGUAUUAUAGUACUGCUUUACUGUGUAUCUCAAUAAAGCACGCAGUUAUGUUACAAAAAAA